GAGGCGGGAGUGCUGCCUCAGGGUCUCGUAUUUUCUCAAAAUCUUUUGUUUAUAAAACGCGUGGCGCUGCGAGAGACCGGCUGAGCCGCGCCCUCGCCGUGCCCAGACCGGACGUUAACUGGGGGUUCCGGCGGAGCUGGCAGAGCCCGACUUAACGGAGGAACUUAAUCUCGAGUUUUGCUCUUUGUGGCGUUGCCGACGUCUGCAUCAUCCGUCCGAUGCUGACUGAAAAUGAAUAAAGACAAGCAAAUCGAUGAAGACGAUGAUGACAGCGACCAGUUCGAUGACUUUAUGGAGAAUUUUAACCAGCUUGAACUGCUGGAGACGCACAGGCACUUGAUCCCGGUAGGAACUCAGAGCUGUUGGUCAGGACAGUCUGAUGAUGACGAUGAUGAACAAGAAAGAAGUGAGGAAUGGUACGAAACGCAAGAAAAAAAAAUGGAAAAAAAUCCAGAGAAAUUGCUACUCUGGGCAGCCGAAAACAACCGGCUGAGUACAGUGAGGAGGCUCCUUUCCGAAAAGCUGGCUCCAGUUAAUGCGCGGGACGAAGACCAGUACACCCCGCUCCACCGAGCUGCCUACAGCGGGCACUUGGACAUUGCCCAUGAACUGGUUGCACAAGGGGCGGACGUUCAUGCGCAGACAGUGGACGGCUGGACGCCUCUGCACAGCGCCUGUAAGUGGAACAAUACAAAAGUGGCCGCGUUCUUACUUCAGCAGGGUGCAGACAUCAACGCGCAGACAAACGGAUUGCUGACACCAUUGCAUAUCGCUGCAGGAAACAAAAACAGCAGAGAAACCCUGGAACUCUUGCUGAUGAAUCGCUAUGUGAAACCAGACCUGAAAAACAACCUGGAUGAAACGGCCCUUGACAUUGCUAGGAGGACUGAUGUAUAUCACUACCUUUUUGAAAUAGUAGAAGACUGCAUAAAUGCUGUGUCCCCUUAAAAGGUGCAGUGAAGCUUGUGAAUGCGAGGUUUGCUGCCUCCUGUUUGUGUUCUGCAUGCUCCUUGGUGGUGGUCUGUCCCUGUGCAACAAGGUUUUCAUUUGAGAGACUUCAGUGUUCUCCCCAGGCAAAGUGUCACUUCUUGCAGCUCAGCUCGGUGGUCUCGCUUGUGCUUUGAGGCAUUACUACUGUUAUUCAAGAUAUUCAGAAAGUCUCAGAAAUUUCAGUGAGUCUCCAUUUAAUUAGUGCAAAUUUGGAGGGGCUUUUGUCUGUACUGUCAAAGCAGGAGGGAAAACUGGAAUAUUUAAUUGAUGUGAAAGAAUUCUGGCUUGGUUAUGCAGAGUUUAUUACUCACUUGAAAACUAUUUUUUGAGAAAUUUAACUUUUUUAAAACUGCAUGAAAGCUCAGAAUGAAUGUAACUUAUUUGUGUGAUACACAAAAUGUUUAGUGAUCCUGGUGUAAGGCUUCUUAUAAAAUAAAAUAUUUAACCCUAA